AUGGAGAAAAGAGUAGACUCCCACAAUCUUUCACCUGCAACGGAAGAGAAGGAUCUGAGCAAAGAGAUUGAAUUACUCUCUUCCCAGCUUCGUAAAGCAACAAACUGGGAUGGUAGUGAACUUUGCCAAUACCAAGGGUUUUGGUGUCGAUCAGAGUUCCUUCAUGGCAUUAUCCCUUUUCAAAGACAUUUCCAAGCGCAAGACAGUGAUUUAAUAUUGAUCACAUUUCCCAAAUCGGGCACCACCUGGUUAAAAGCCAUCACUUUUACCAUUGUCAAUCGUCCUCGUUAUGCACUAGAAAAUAGUCCCUUGCUCACUACUAGUCCUCAUGUGCUAGUACCUUUCCUUGAAUUUGAUCUUUUUAUGAGAAAUCAACCCCCUAGUCCUAUUUCUGAAGAUCUCCCUACGCCAAGAAUUUUCUCUACACCUACCCCAUAUGCUUCAUUACCAAAUUCUGUUGUGAAUUCUAAUUGUCGCAUCGUUUACAUGUGCAGGAAUCCUUUGGAUCAGUUUAUCUCCCAUUGGAAAUUCUUGAUCCAAAUUCAUCAAGACCAGAGCAAGGAGCUGGUUUCAUUUGAUGAAGCUUUUGAGACGGUUUGUAAUGGAGUUCAAGGCUUUGGCCCUAUAUGGGAACAUGUGUUGGGAUAUUGGAAGGCCAGCAAAGAGCAACCGCACAAGAUAUUGUUCUUAAAAUAUGAAGAUCUAAAAGAGAAUAUCAACUUUCAAGUUAAAAGAAUGGCCGAUUUUUUAGGUUGUCCUUUCACUGAGAAUGAAAAAAGCAAAGGAAUAGUAGAAGAAAUAUCAAAAUUUUGUAGUUUUGAUAACAUGAAAAAUUUAGAGGUGAACAAAACCGGCAUACUUCCUUCUGGCGCUAAAUACAGUGACUUCUAUAGGAAAGGUCAAGUUGGAGAUUGGAAAAAUUAUUUAACACCUUCAAUGUCAAAACGCUUAGAAAAGAGAGAUGUAAAGAGCGUGUAUUGGCAUGACAAGUCCUCGAGGAAGAAGAGGAGAUUUCCAUAA